AUGUCUCGUCACACUCCCGCGCCGCCAGUUUCUUCCGCUGCGUUUGGUGCGCUGCCGGCCGCCGGCCGCGCGCUUCCGCCGUUGUGCCGCGGAUUCGCUUCCGCCGCCGCCGCAGGUGGCGGAAGCGGAGCCCCGCGCGCGCCGGUGACGGAGAGCGAGGAGCUGGGCGCGAACCGCGUGGUGGAAGCGUCGUUGACGCUGGUGCGCGAGCGAGCGCGGCUCAAGGCGGAGAAGGUGCGAGCAGCAGGGGGAGCAGAGGCCACGGCGUGUCUCCUGGGGGUGCCGCUGGGCCACAACUCCAGCUUCCUCCAGGGCCCUGCCUUCGCCCCUCCGCGCAUCCGAGAGGCCAUUUGGUGUGGCUCCACCAACUCGGCUACAGAGGAAGGCAAGGAUCUGAACGACAUCCGAGUGCUCACAGACGUGGGGGAUGUGCCCGUGCAGGAGAUGCGGGACUGUGGGUUGGACGACAGCCGCCUCAUGCGCACCGUGUCAGACUCCGUGCGCCUCGUGCUGGCUGAGUCUCCCCUAGCCCCAUUGGUCUUGGGAGGCGAUCACUCCAUUUCCUUCCCGGUGGUGCGGGCGGUAUCAGAGCAUCUGGGCGGGCCAGUCGACAUUCUUCACUUCGACGCCCACCCAGACAUCUACCACGCGUUUGAAGGCAACCACUAUUCCCACGCCUCGCCCUUUGCUCGCAUCAUGGAGUCUGGAGCGUGCCGGCGACUCUUGCAGGUGGGCAUUCGGUCGAUCAACGAGGAGGGCCGGGCGCAGGGCAGGCGGUUUGGCGUGGAGCAGUACGAGAUGAGGCACUUCCACCGCAACCGAGAGAUGCUCGAAAACUUGGAGCUGGGCCAGGGGGUGAAGGGAGUAUACGUAUCCAUCGACAUAGACUGCCUCGAUCCCGCCUUUGCUCCGGGCGUCUCCCACAUUGAGCCGGGCGGUCUCUCCUUUCGCGACGUCAUGAACAUUCUGCAGAACCUCAAAGGCAAUGUGGUGGCCGGGGACGUGGUGGAGCUGAACCCACAGCGCGACACGGUGGACGGCAUGACAGCCAUGGUUGCCGCCAAAUUUGUUCGCGAGCUCGCAGCUCGCAUCUCCAAGUAG